CUCACACUGACAUGUCCUUUCUCAGCGCCUAAGACAUCAUCUCACAACCAAACACCACGCGUAAUGUGAAUCUGCAAUGGCAGCGCAGUCGACACUACGGCACAAGCCGGACGAAGCCCUCCGAGCUCUCCUCAGCCGCUUGGUCGACCGCCUCCAUCGACGACUAAAACGUACAUCCCCCACAUUGCGCCUAGCGGCAGCGCUCUUCUUCACUCUCGGUCUCGUUGGCGGAAGCUAUGCCUCCUAUACGUGGUGGGUCGAAAGCCGAAAGGAGAAGGAGACGGGGCGCCGACUGCUCAGGCGCAACUCCGGGCUGAGAGCAAAGGACGGCACGCGCACAAUCUACGUUGCAUACAAGUCGUCCACGGCAAAAGUCGUCAUCAAUCCUACCAAGAACACCACUUUCGAUGCACAUCGUCGCCUGUUCCUGCAACCGCCGAGAGCUGUCGGUCUCAGCGACAGCAGCCUCCCCCAAGUCCCUCCUCUCCAGACAAAGCCUGGCUUGAAUCUUGCCUUCCUACAUCAGUUCCUCAGUCUGAUGAACAUUCUGAUCCCAAGAUGGGGCAGCAAAGAGACGGGGCUGCUCUUCAGUCAUGGCGUCUUCCUGCUUCUCCGAACAUACCUCUCACUGGUCGUCGCACGUCUCGACGGUGAAAUUGUCAGAGACUUGGUCGCCGGCAGAGGCAAGCCUUUCCUGUGGGGCAUCGCCAAAUGGUGUACCAUCGGAGGUCUGGCAAGCUACACAAACAGCAUGAUCAAGUUCCUGCAGUCAAAGGUCUCGAUAGCCUUCCGCACUCGCCUCACUCGCUACAUUCACGACCUCUACCUCAACGACAACCUCAACUUCUACAAGCUCUCCAAUCUCGACGGAGGCAUUGGUCACGGCGCGGAUCAGUUUGUCACUCAAGACCUGACUCUGUUCUGCGACUCGGCUGCCACUCUCUACUCGAGCCUGGGGAAGCCUCUGGUAGACUUGGUGGUCUUCAACUACCAGCUGUACCGCUCCCUAGGUCCUCUGGCUUUGACUGGUUUGCUAGCCAACUAUUUUGCUACUGCCACACUACUCAGAAGACUUUCGCCUCCAUUCGGUAAGCUAAAGGCUGUCGAGGGCAAGCGAGAAGGUGACUUCCGUGCUCUCCAUGCUCGAUUGAUCGCCAAUGCAGAAGAAGUCGCUUUCUACGGCGGCGAUCAAAUGGAGAAGCUCUUCUUGGACAAGGGCUUCCAAGAGCUCAAGAGAUGGAUGGAGGGCAUCUACAGCCUCAAGAUUCGCUACAACAUGCUUGAAGACUUUGUGCUCAAGUACUCAUGGAGUGCCUUUGGCUACCUCAUCACCUCAUUGCCCGUCUUCUUGCCCGCCUGGGGCGGACUUGCAGAGGCUGGUGACAAGAAGAUCACACGGCCUGCCUCAGAGGCCGCACUCAUGGCUCAAACACCAACAGACGAGUCUGGGAAUCGUACUCAGAACUUCAUCACAAACAAACGUCUCAUGCUUUCGCUUGCUGAUGCAGGUGGUCGUAUGAUGUACAGUCUGAAAGACCUGUCGGAACUGGCAGGCUACACCUCUCGCGUCUACACUCUUAUCAGCACACUCCAUCGCGUUCACGCCUCUGCCUACCAUCCUCCUCGCAACACAUACCCUGAACUCUACUCUCUCGCAGACGUACAAGGAACUCUACACAAAGGCUUCUCCGGCGUGCGCUUCGAAAACGCACCCGUUGUAGCCCCUGGUCUCUGGCCCCAAGGCGGAGAAGAGCUCCUCGACAACCUCAACUUUGUCAUCCAAUCCAACCAACAUAUCCUCAUCAUUGGUCCCAACGGUGCAGGAAAAAGCGCAGUCGCCCGUAUCUUGGCUGGUCUUUGGCCCGUCUAUCGCGGUCUGGUAUCUCGCCCCCGCAGCGUGGGACAAGAUGGCAUCAUGUUCCUCCCCCAACGGCCCUAUCUUUCCCCUGGCACCCUUCGCGACCAGAUCAUCUACCCACACACCGAAUUCGACAUGCGCGCUUCCUCACGCCGCGACUCUGAACUCGAACAAAUCCUCACCGAUGUCCGUCUCGGCUACUUGCCCACCCGUGAAGGCGGCUUCGACACCAGAAAGACGUGGAAAGACGUCCUGUCGGGAGGAGAGAAACAGAGGAUUUCUUUUGCGAGAUUGCUGUAUCAUGCCCCGGCUUUUGCAGUCAUAGAUGAAGGGACUUCUGCCGUGAGCAGUGAUGUGGAGGGUUUACUUUACGAGACGCUCAAGCAGAGGGGAGUCACUCUGCUCACCAUCUCCACGAGAGCGAGUCUGAAGCGCCAUCAUGAUUUUGUUUUGACACUGGGACUUGGAGCUCAAGGAGACGAGUGGGAAGUGCAGCGCAUCGGCACAGAAAGCGAAAAAGACAGCGUGGAAAAGGAAAUUGCCGAAUUACGAGAAAGACUCGAGAAAGUGGAGGGAUGGCGACGUAGGAAAGAGGAGAUUGAAGACGAAUUGGCCAAAGUGUGGGGGGAGAGUGAUGCAGGGACAGAUGGCUAUUGUACCGAUGGGCAAGAAUUCGUUACGCCUGCUGCUACGCCUUUUGGACCUAGAUCACCGUAGUAGACGGGGGGCAACGUCGGCGUAAUUAUUUGUGAUUAUUAUCUCCCCACGACAGUCUUUUCAAAUAUCCGCUGUUCCCGUCAUUAUCUCUCCUAUUUCGAGCUAUGUACUCUAGAUAUGAAUCAUCUCUGUCUAAAGCUCUAUACCCAGCUUUGUAUUCAUUAGGGAGAAAGAAAUUGGAUACAAGGGAUAUUUAGACUAGUGCAGGCUUUGAUGCGUUCGUUCUAGUAGUGCGAGGAUCCUUGGUAGUGUAUCACCCUUCUUACUUCUUCUUUGCUUCUCCUUGCCCGUUGGUCUGUGUGUGUGUUUAUAUAUGUAAACUCUAUCCACCUUCUCUGUUUGCACAACCUUGCUCCUGUAUCCAGGAACAAGCUCAAGAAUAGAGAAAAUGCCGCUACCGUACACACCACCUUAGCCACUGUAUC